AUGACACCGGAGGCCGUAAUUACGAGGGAAGAGUUUGACCUGAUGAAGCACAGGUUUGAUGAGCAGGUCGAGACAUUGAAGGAUAAAUGCGAGAAAAAUGAGAGUCCAUUCAAUGAUGGCGAGAUGGGCGAAUCGCCAUUCACCUCGGACGUCUUGGAGACCCCUAUUCCUCCAAAGUUCAAAAUGCCCGCCAUGAAGCCUUAUGACGGGUCUAAGGACCCAAAGGACUAUGUAGAGGUCUUCGAAAGCCUUAUGGAUUUCCAAGCGGCCUCAGACGCCAUUAAGUGUCGAGCUUUCCAGAUCGCUCUCACGGGAGCGCUUGGCUCUGGUAUCGAAGGCUGUCGGAAAAUAGCCACUCAUCUCGCCACCAUCCGACAGAAAGAAGGCGAGACUUUAAGAGAAUACGUGACCCGUUUCCAAGAGGAGCAGCUCAAGGUCACGCAUUGCUCCGAUGAUUCGGCCAUGUGCUACUUCCUCACUACCCUGGCCGAUGAGACUCUGACGGUCAAGUUGGGCGAGGAAGCACCAUCAACCUUCGCUGAGGUCUUGCAGAAGGCCAAGAAGGUUAUAGACGGGAGGUCCGAUUCGGAUUCGAGCCGGAGGGGGCCGUAUGAGGGGUACACCCCAACCACCAUUCCGAUCUCCGAGAUUUUAACCAAUAUCGAGGAGAAUGGUUUGGAGAAACUCCUCAAGCGGCCUGAUAAGCUUAGAGGAGACCCAGAAAAGCGCAAUAAGGACAGGUACUGUCGUUUUCAUCGCGAUCACGGCUAUGAUACCUCGAAUUGUUGGGAGUUGAAGCGCCAAAUUGAAGACCUGAUUCAAGAUGGCUACUCCAAAAAGUACGUCGGCAAGCCGGGCUCGAGCUCGAUAGGCAAAAAAGAAGAGAGGAAGCGUUCAAGGACGCCACCUCGGCGGGAUGACCGACCUGCGGUUAUCAACACCAUUUUUGGCGGCCCUAGUGGGGGCCAGUCUGGAAACAAAAGGAAGGAGCUUGCUAGGGAGGCUUGUUGGGAAGCUUGUGCCAUUCAAUAG